GGCCUGGUGACUCAACCAUCUUCGAGCACAUUUUCUACCCAUCUGCCGGUAUCUCUCGACGAUCAAGGGUCAUGGACGACACGCGCCGUCGAUAACGCGCCCCCAUCAUGGCGCUGCUUAAUCCAACAUUCAUUCUCGGCAUCGUCCUCCUGCUAUACCUCUCCUCAUUCGUCGUCUUCGCCAUCGUCCGCAUCCUUACGGGUAUCUCUAUCCAGCGCAUCGGCUACUUCUCACUACGACGUCUCGCCUACACGCCCAGAGAUGGUACAAAGGUCGACAUCAGGGGGCUCGGCCUCAACCUCCACCGGCCCACGUUCUCGCAGCCGACAUGGAUGAGCAUCGUGCUCAAGGAGCUCACGGUAACGGUCGACCCCAAAGAACUCGAGGCCACCAAGAGCCAGACACCGGCAAAGGAGCCCGACGACCCAGCAACACCGUCCGCCAAUCUCAGGACUCGCAAACAGUCCAUCGCAGGUCCACAGCGCAGUCAGAUUUGGAAGAAACUCGCGAGGUUGAAGGACAGGGUCAAGAGGUUGCACCGGAGUGUACGCUGGCUGCGCCUGGUCGAUGUGGUUGCGACAGACAGCACCAUCUCUGUCGUUGGCGUGGGCAAGGUGCAGGUCGGCAACUUUACCGUGGCGCUCGACACGCGCCACCGCUUGGUUGACAGGGCACGCUUCUUCUUCCAGGGUGCCGCGGACAAGAACCGCUCAACGACGUCAGCGGAAUGGAUCAUGACGCUGCGCAGCGUGCUCUUCACAGCAAACGGAGGCGAGUCUGUCGAAGUGCUGGAUGCUGCAACACUCAACGUCCAUGGCUUCCUCUACGAGCAGCUCGACGGCUUGCGCGAUGCCGCGAUCGCACUGAAGCUCGGCCGAGUUCACAUUCCUUAUGACGACGUGCUGCUCUGUGCCAGCCGCUAUCGCCGGAUCAAGGCUUCUGUCGCCAGCAGCUACACGGACGCUGAAUCGAUACCAGUGUUGAAGCUUGGGAGAGAUUCGCUCCUGCCUGAAGACAGUGACCAGGAUCUUUUGAUGGCCGUAUCGGAUUCCAGAGAAUUCAUCAGCUCUAUUCUACGUGGCAUCAAGGAGGUUCAGUUCGCUGUGAGUUUUGUCAGCCUCGGCAAGAGGGUGGAGACUAUCCGGGCAACGGGAAGUCCGUUGCUGCUGAAUGUGUCGAUGAAAGAGGUGGGGAUUGACUUGCAUCGCUUGGAUCCGAAAUCGCCAGCGCAUCGCAUGUACUUUUCAAGUAAUGAUAUUGCCCACGAAGCGCAAGCGGUCGCACUCUCGAUUUCAGUUGGCCUAGAUGAUGGCAGCGGCACUCCGGAAAAGAUCGUCUACGUACCUAUGGCUACCACGACUUUGAAGACGACAUUACCAUCCAAGACGAUGGAGCUCGCUGAGGAGGGCACCGUUGAGCAGCGCAACGCCAACAUCCUCUUUGCAAACUCCGUUGUGACUUCGCCGUCGGUGGAUCUACAGCCCAAGCAUCUCCCCAUUCUUCUGGCCAUGCUCAGGCCAAAGCCCAAAAGAGCAACAGGACAGACAGCAAGGAAACACGCUCUGAUAUCUCGUCUAUUGCCAAAGGCUAAUAUCAAGUUCACAAUGCACGAGCCUGUCAUCAGGAUUGCCUUGCCGCCAGUGACGAAGACGGACGACCCAGACGAUUAUGACCUCAUCAACUCGACAAUCUCGUCCAUCUCGCUUGAUCUCGAAUCUUUUCACCCCACGGCAGAUGAUCUCAACUACUCUCUCGUGUCUUCGAUGCGUGUGCAAACGCAUCGGCUGUACUAUCAAACAACGCAGGGUGAGCGCUAUGAUUUGGUGGAGACGGAAUCCUUCGACCUCAAAUUUCAAAUAUCGGCCAAUCCGGAACUGCACGUCGUUGGAAGUGGCCACCUGCAGACUUUUGCGAUUCGAAUGACACGAGAUGAGAUCGGCAAUGGCAUUCGCCAGAUCAUCCGACAGCUUCGUCUCAACGUGCAGCCAGAUAAGCGCCAUUCGUCAAUGUCGCAGCACCCUCGCAACAUCCUACGUGCCUUGCCAUCGUGGCUUCUUCACUUCACGCUACAAAUCGACGACUUCAGUGCCGAGGUUGCAGGCAUUGAUGAAGAUUUCCCGAGUCACACUCGGGGUGUUGCGAUCCAGGUCGAUUCUUGGUCAGCUGAGUACCGAGCCCAAAAGAUGGACGCCACCAAACACCGUCCUGGUUCGAGGAGGCGAGCCCCAAGUAGAGUCCUGCUGCCCGAUCCAGACCUCUUGGCCGCGGUAUCUGUGCCGCCUUCGCCACGGAAACAUCAAGCUCAGGGCGACGGCCGCAGAGUUGCGAUCCACGUCAGGGGUCUCGAAGGCUUCAUCAUCGAGGCUGAGGACAAGUUCGAGCUUGACCCUUUCAUUCGCCUACCACGGUUCGAGGUGGCUUUGUCCACCCUCAGCGAUGCGCAUAGCCCGAUCCUCCAUGUCCACUCGUACCUUCGGACCCUGCAUCUUCAAUAUUCGUUGUUCAGACACUAUUCCGUUGGCAUCGCAGUGCUUGAGCUGCGGAAGGCCUUCAUGAGGACAAAGCGAGCAGGCAAGAAUGAUAAGUCCCCUGAUUCUGCAACCCCAUCAUCCAGCAGCACGCUAGCCCCGCCCGAGGUCUCCGCGGAAUCUCCCGUGACCGGUGACAUGAAGAAGCCUUGGUCACAAGGUGUCAGAGAAUUGAUCGCGGUCGAUUUCAAGGCCGCAAUGGUCCAGAUCAAGGCGAACAUGCCAUCUGACCCACCCUUGAUGCUAAGAUUUCAUGAGAUCGAAGCAGGGCGUCACAGAUGGUCACCGCCAUUCUUCUAUGCCAAGCAUGUCCGACUGUUUGCUGAUGCACCGCGCAUGCCAGGCUCGUGGGCGAGAGUCGCGAGCAUCAGGACGAUUCGGUUCGAUUACAGAGAGUCGCGCAAGAAAAUGCACUCUGGGGCAGUGGUCGAUGACAAGAUGUUCGACAUCGUGACGGACGCAAUGCGCUUGUCUGUUCCGCACGAACUGAUCAUUAACAAGAUCUCCAACAAUGUCGUGAAUGUGAUGAAGUCUGUGCGGCAACUGCAUCAUCGCUUCAAGACAGGCACGAACGAGUACAUUCUGAAUAAGGGCCCAGAGGAAGCUAAAAAUGUACCAAAGGUCUCCUUGAGGGUGCGUAAGCUGCUCUUCGAGAUCGAGGACGGCGCCUUUGAAUUCAAGCUCGGCAUGAUUUAUCGUGCUGGCCGCAUAGAACAACGACAGCGACUAGCGCGGGAAGAGGCCCAUCGACUCAAGGUCCAGGCGAUUCACGAGGAGGAGCUCAGGAAAGAAUCCAGUCGCCUGCGCAACCGAUCAGUCAAGCCUCGGGGCCGGACCAUGGUCGCCAACGGCUCAGGACAGCGCAGUCAUAGUGCUGACGACACACUGCCUGCUCCUUUGAAGGCCAGGUCGCGAAGUGUGGGUUUCAAGUCCAAAGCACCUCGCUACGAUCCCGAUGGUGUUCAGACCAUGAGCGGCAUCAGUCGUGUCACGAUGCAGGAGGCUCGGACGAAACUGCACAUCAGAAAUGCCGAGAGCUGGAAGCAUCGUAUCCAACGACACUAUGCACUCGCCAGCAGUGGCAUGGAAGAAAUCCGCAGUCUUUUCCUUGGCAGCGAACCAAGCUCAGGCGAUCAAGAAGAGACAGAGAAGAUUCUGGACGUUCCACCUCGACCGGCCCUUGCCGGCGCCGUCAUCACUGAUCUCCACCUGAUGAUUGACAAACCCUCUUUCCCGGCCUCAAAACUGCCUGACUUUCUUUAUGAUGUUGGCAAGGGUAUGCCCAAGGACAUGGAGUACUCCCUCCUCGUGCCAAUGCACAUCAACCUCACGUUGAGCGAGGCCAGGCUCAGCCUUCGUGACUACCCCUUGCCUCUGAUACACGUGCCAGCACUCAAGAAUGGACAAUCUUCGAAGUUACCUGCCUUGUCGCUCAGCACUGACUUCGUCAUUGCGGAAGAGUAUCGGACAGACGUCCUGGCUCGAUCUGUCACGGUCCAGAUUACACCACCGAUGCAAAAACCCAAUGGCGACUGGAGCGAGGGAUUUGCUAUCGAUGUUCGUAGGACAAUCGGACCUGUCAAGUCGUUCUCAGAUAUGCGGAUUGACAUCAACACGGCAAACCCCACCAGGAUCACAUGGGGUCCUUCCUACCAGCCAGCCAUCCAGGACAUGAUGAUGGCUAUUGAAUCCUUCACAAAGCCACAGUUCGAUCCAUCGGAACGUGUUGGCUUCUGGGAUAAGAUCAGGCUGAACUUCCAUUCUCGUGUGCGAGUCGCCUGGAAGGAGCAUGGCGAUGUGCACUUCGCCCUGAAGGGAUCCAGGGAUCCCUAUUUCAUCACUGGCAAUGGAGCAGGUUUCCUGAUGUGCUGGCGGAAAGAUGUCAGGUGGAAUAUCAACACCGAAAAUGACGCGAAGAAGUUCAUGCUGGUCGAUGGUGGGGAGUACGUGCUCGCUAUUCCUGACUACAGCCAACAGGUCAGAGAAGCCGAACGGCGCAAUGAUGACAACGAGAGUGUUGUGAACGAUACCCACCAUCGGACGGGGGCCGCAUUCAAAAAGGUGGUCAUGAAGCUCUCGGGCAACGUGCAAUGGAUGGCUGGCCUUGUCUUCGAACGCGCCAUCGACCCCGAUGUACACGGCAACAAGCACCGAGGCGCGACUAGUUUCGUGUUUAAACCCCACUACGACGUUAUACUCAAGUCGCCGCAGCAGGUUCGUGCUGAGCAGGUGAAGGCUGGCGACGGCAAUUUCCAGCCUCAUGACGCCUAUCGUGGCUUCCGGAGCCAGCAUAUACACUUGUCUGUGGCAAUCAAGGCACCAUCAGACCGCGACUGGACAUCGGCUGAUGCUCAGUUGAUGUCCAAGAGCUACAACUCGAUCCAUCUGACGCCCAGAUUCUUCACGCACUUCUUUGCCUGGUGGUCACUCUUUGGCGGCCCAAUGUCGCUCCCUAUCCGGCAAGGGUCUCUGUGGCCUGACCGGGAUCAGAAGAGCAAAAAGUUUGGAAGACACCUGGCGACAAUCAAAUACAACAUCCUUCUUGCACCUCUCUUCCUGAGCCAUAUUUACAAGCACAAGGAUGCCGAGGAUUAUGCCGACAACUCCGUUUCUGCCACUGGCAUUAAAGUUCGCUUUGACAGCUUCAUGCUGGAUAUCCACCAGCGCCGAGAAGAAUUCAACACACGAGACAAUGGACGCAAGACGAAGGCCCGCACUACAGGCAUGAAGAUCCACGCUGCGCAGCUGGAUCUUGUGUCAACUGACGUGCGUGCUGUCUCGUCCGUGCUCAAGGGUACCUCCGCCGAAGCAUUGAAGACUACUCAGCCGUCUGCACUAGUCCUACAAGGAAACGAAGACAUUGUUGACCUGUCGAACUUCACCAUUCCUGAUAACGACUUCAGCUGGAUUGAUAUGGACGACUUUGUUGAGUUGGACUGGAUCUUGCCUACAGAGGUCAACCCCAAGACUCAGAUUUUACCUCUAGCAUUUGCGCCUCGUGUUACUUAUUUCCGUCAAACAGACAUUGGCGGCAUCAUUGAUGGCGACCCCGGGCGUACUAGUCCUUUUGGCAAUGAGCCGACGCACUUUUGUAUCAUGAGCCAGGACGACGACCCGCGCAGAGUACAGGCUGAUCUCAUUCGGGCACGGCUUGCUGAAAUUGACGAGCAAAUGCAAAACAACGUCCGGCAGGUCGGCGAAGCGGAAUUGCGCAUGAUCCGAGACGACGGGAACACACCCAGCUUCAGGACAGAUUAUGAAAACCUCACCAGGUUCUCGCAUCUGCUUCGUGAUAAACAGGCAUUCAUGAAGAAUAUGCUCAAGAAGAUGCAGCGCCCUGUUUCAGCCGCGCAGACAGAGGCGGAUGAGUCCGCGGAAGAUUCUGGAUCCAGCCCAAGCAAGAAGUCCGACCACUGGAUUGAUACAGGCGAUGGCCCGAUGCCGGUUCCCUCAGGAGCGGAGUUCGCCAGCGACUUCAAGAACAGAUUCGUUGUUCACAACAUGCAGCUGAAGUGGAACAACCUUCUUCGCAACAUCAUCCUGCGUUACAGCCACCAAGUCAGCCAGCGUCGUGGCUUCGUCUACUACAUGUCCCGGCCCGCUGUCAAAUUCAUCCUGGAUAUCGUUGAGGACCAGGCCAAGGCGAAGCAGAAUGCGAAGUCCAAGACAGGAACAGAUCCGAGCAAUGCCAGCACGCUGCAGCCAGAGGCCUCGCAGGAAGACAUCGAAGCCAUGAUGCGGCAGGUCCUGCAAGAUGGGCGCAAGUUUGUCGAAGCUGGCUGUGGCAAUAUUGACGAGGAUGACUCUGGCAUGACAGAUCUUGUUGGUGGCCUUGCCGACGAAUUUGCACCUCAGAGCAGCUACCACGUCCGCUUGAUCGCACCACAGAUUCAGCUCCAGAGUGACAAAAACAAGAAGCACGCCGUUCUCAUCACCGGAAAAGGAAUGGAGCUGAAGAUCGUCGAAGUCAUGGAGAAGGCGAGACUAUCUGACAACGUCAGUGGUCUCGUUCAACGUCGCUUCCUCCUGACUAUGGACUCUGCGCAAUUCUUUGUGACCCACCAGAAGUGGUUCACAGAGCCAUUGCUCGGCAUGUACUCGGCCAACAGGUAUGGGACUGCUUCUGGAGCUUCAUGGCCGCCCUGGGUUCCGAUGGAAGUCAUGUAUGACUUCAAGGCAGAUCCUUUCGGCUUCAAGAGAGUUGUGCAGAAGACGUCCGCUCUUCUGAGAUAUGACAAGUACAACAAUCUCCGCCUCAAGUACACUGACGAAGUCAACACGGAGGGCACGAUCGCAUCUACUUUGGAAAACAUGGAGUCUCGCAUGGACAACCUGUCUGUUGUGUUUCCCCAGAUCCGUGCGCUCUGUAAUUCCUCGCAAUAUUUUGCGCUGUACAUCAUGGUGCUCGACCUGCUCAUGUACAGCGAACCACUAGAAAAGUCAAGGUCGGAACGGUUGGAGAAGAUCAUGCUUGCGUCCGACUUUACCGAUCUUCGUGGUACGCCUGAGAUGGUUAUCAAAAUGCAGGAACGGAUCCGAACCCUCGAAGAAAUCAAGUCAAGGUUCCAGGUCCACUCCAGGCAUCUUGAUGAGAGGGGUUGGGAGGACCGCUUGAACCUGGAGCGCGACUUGGCUGCCUGCGAGGACGAACUCUUCUUCAUGAUGAAGGCCAUCACACGAUCACAGCGGAAGUACGAUCAGUCUGAGGAUGACACUGCGCUGCUGAGAUGGUCGCUCCGCGCGCGAGAGAUUGUCUGGCAGCUCAUUCGCGACACAAACCAGCCGCUUGUCGAGAUGCAGCUGCGAGAUACUCAUUAUGACCGGACGGACUAUGCCGAUGCUUCACACAAAAACUUGUUGCAGGUUGGACGAGUCCUUGGAUUUAAUCUACUGCCAGAGGCGAUCUACCCGGAGAUGGUUGCGCCGUUCUUUGAGAACGAAGCGGCUGCGGGCAACCUGCAGAAGCGCAAGAUGAUAAGCGUGUACUGGCAGAUGCUUGAAUCUGUGGCAGGCAUUCCCGUCAUGGACCAGUUCGAGGUUGACUUGUUCCCUAUGAAGAUCCAGAUGGAGCGUGAUCUUGGCGUCCAGCUUUUUGAGUACAUUUUCCCCGAUGAGAGCCGUUCCACACCUGACACGACCGACCAGGACGGCACGCAGAACUGGUCGGGGGAUGACAAUACGGGUGAAGGUGAUACAGCGUCUCUUUCAGGGUCGACAAGACUCAAUACAGCAUCUUCGGAGAUGGAGCCAGCAUUUGCCACCCGAGCUGGGUCAUUGGAGCUGCGCCUAAGGCCAACCUUGAAUUCAGAGACCCCAGAGAGCACACCGAACAGACCAAAGGCAAUGCGGCUGCAGACUAGCGACGGACAUCACUUCCGCCUUUUCGGCUCGAAAACGGCGAGCAAGAAACCCUCCCACGAGUCUCUGCGUGCUGCUAGCGUGGUACGAGGCGGUAUCCGAAGGUCGCCUACUGGCAGCACUACCGCAACUACUGCCAAUAACGACAGCAAAAAGUCUGCGUCGCGCUUCGUGCGCCUCGGCAAACCAGAGGCACCUGAAGACCAGGGGCCGACGGACGAUCUGACAACAAUGAUGCGGCGUGCCAACACUUAUGUGGUUUUCGCUGGCAUAAGACUUGCUUCCGUUGUGCUCUGCCUAAGCUACAAAGGCAAGGGCGAGCGCAAUAUUGAGGACGUGCACGAUCUGGUUUUCCGGUUGCCAAUGAUUGAGUAUCACAACAAGACAAUGUCCACCUUUGAGCUAGCAAUGGCAAUGAAGGGACACGUCGCCAAAGCCCUCGUGUCGCACGCGGGUGCAAUCAUUGGCAACAAGUUCAGCAAGCACCGGCCGAACACGGCGCAGCAGAACAAGCUUCGCGAAUUAGCUACCAGCAGCGUCUUGCUCUCCACGCCAGCCAUGUCGGGCAGUAACUACAACAGUGACGACUCAUCAAGCCUCUUUGGUGGGUCUCAGGUUGACUACUCCAGAUCCCCCCCGCGCAGCAUUGCUGGCUCGCAGAGCAGUAUCCAGGUGCCACAACGAUCCAACAGCCGCAGCUCGAGCCUUGCAUCCUCGCAGUCGCGAAAUCGUGGGAAGCACGGUGCAGGCAAUGAUGCCACAAUUCGGGGUUUGGCCCCUUCAUGGCUGACCAUGACCCCACCGAGUCCAUCGGGUCGGACUGCUGGGUCCACUCCCUCCGCGCCAGAUCUAGACAGGCAACGCCCCAAGACGAGCAGCGGUGAUCUUCGGGCGAGGCCUACAACGCCAGACACAAAACGCGCACCACGUGGUGUGGCCUUUGAAGACGAGAUAGGCAAGCAUAGGCGCAAGUCUGCUGGAGGCGGUUUCCUCAGAGGAAAGAUCAACGCCUUGACAAGCCGUCUGAAGGAUCGCGAAGGCAGCACCAUCAGCAGCGACAGCGGAAGCAACACCAAGGUCUCGUCUCACGAUACCGAGGAAAGCGUGGAAGAAGAGGCGGACCAAAUGAGGUUCCAGACCGCGGCACAGCGUGUCAAGACGGGCUGACCGUUCGACAUAACCCUUAGAAGAAUGCAAGGUGUGGCUCAUCAGAGAGGGGCAUUCGCCUGCAAUACAUAAUCACCUCACACAACGCCAGAAGCCACUUCAAACAACAAUCUAGCCCCUCAGUGGGCGUCAUCAACACUAGUCGGUCCCCUCAUCAGCAUUUUCUUCUUUCGAUCUUCUUCUUCUUCAACAGUAAUCAGCAUAUAUUGCCCAGCGGGUUGAUUUCGGAUGGAUGG